UAUAAAAUGACCGUUCGGCAUUUCAACUGGUUCAGUUGAUAUUGUCCACUCUGGCCGACGACUCUAAAAAUACCAAUUCAGCGAAUUCAAAUUUGAUCAUAAUUUUGUGUGCGAUAAAAGAAGAUUGAAAAAAAUGAGAGUUAUUUUGUUGAGCAUUGUGGUUUUGCUGUUGAUCAGCACCAUUUCUACGGCUCCUGGUGUUACAUCGACAAAUAAACAGACAUGCUCUAAGGAGUGUACACUUGAUUACAAGCCGAUUUGUGCCGGACAUUCCCCGACUGACAAAGAGAAAAAAUCAUUCGGCAACUUUUGCGUCAUGGAGAAAUACAACUGCGAAAAAGACGAAAAUUUGGUACAGUUGAGCGAAGGCGAGUGUCCAGGUAGCAAAUCAGUACGUUUGCAAUAGACAACAGCAUCGCUCCAGCGUUUGGCUGGAUCCAUUAUAAUCCGAUUAAUUCUAAAAUAGUUCCUUAUUUUCUUUUAAAAAAAAUACGAACGAUAAAUGGACAAACGGCUCGUAAUUAUAAGAACACUGUUUACUGGGGAUAUGGGCUUUAUUAUCAUUAAACACUGAAUUCACAUAAA